CCCGCCCCAGCCCCAGCCCCGAGCGCGUGGCGGGCGGCUGGAGCCCCGCACGAGCCCUGAGGAGGCCGGUUACCAAGGAAACACGAGGACGCCAGGCAGCCGCCUCCCCCCGCCUCCACCCCUGGAAAGGCCGGCGGCCUCCGCGGGAAGCAGCUUAGGGGCAGGAGCAGGGAGAGGGGCCAGUCGAGGGAGGGUUGAAGCGAGAGGAGGAAGAGGACGCAAGGACGGCCCCCUGGCGAUUGAUGGGCAACUCGGCUCUGGACCAGCCGGCGCGCCCCACCCCUCGACACCAUUAGCCCCAGGCAGGGGAGAAGGGCGGACCCAACAGGUCAGGAUUAAGAAUCAUGUUGCAUGAAGCAAGGGACCGGAAGAAGUUCGUCAGUGAUGUUCAGUAUCUACGGGACAUGCAGCACAAGGUGGACUCCGAAUAUCAGGCCUGUUUAAGACGACAGGAAUUCCGAAGAGACCCAAAUGACAAGAAGCAAUAUCAGUAUUGGGAGCAGGAGGCAAGUUUUGAGAGAUCCCGGUUUUCAAGCACGUCAUCUUCCAAACAGGUGCGCGGGCCCUCCAGUGGGCAAACCAGGGCGCAAGGGCCCCUGCCAGCAUUCCUGGAACAGGCUAGCCGUGGCCACCUCUUGGGCCAAGCCAGCAGUGCGUCCUUUCUCCUGCGUUUCUGUGCUGAGUUCCAGCAGAGUUCUGGUGAGGAGGAGCCUGUAACAGAACCAAAGUCGUCCCCCAAGAUACCUACGGCUAAGUGUGAUUCCAAACUGCCAGCCAUCGACCAGACGUCAGUCAAGCAGAAACACAAGAGCACCAUGACCCCACGGAGGCCAGAGAAAACCGGCCCCAGCAAACCCCCUGCAGCAGCACAGACACCAAAGAUUUUACCAAGAAGGAGGAGGCCAAACCUGGGGAGAUUGGCAGUCAGUCCAGAACUGCACAGCCCAAGAGCACCAGGGGACAGAAGCAGACAGAAGGCCCAGCUGCCAGGAAAGACACCUCUUCUCCUGGGACCAGAUCCGGCAGCACACCGAGAAAGCCAUGUGUGGGCGGCUGAGACAAAGCUGAGGCGGCCAGCUCCAGAGAGGGGAAGCCUGGUCUCGGCCUCACAGCUGGUGACCACAGCCGAGAACCUUCCAGAAAGAUCCAGAAGGGGAGAUGGGAGCGCUCUCCCUCAGAGCACGCCACAGCCUGUCCUAUCCCAGGCCCGCCAAGCAGCGAGCAGUCCUCGGGGGCUGGGCGAGUCCCUGGGGCCCUCAUGGGUCCCCACGACCAUGGGCGGGCCACGGAGGACCCCUUUCAGGUUCAGAGACGAGAACUUUUAUUCCACCUUAUCGCUGACCGCGAGAGAACAUUAUGACACGGAGGAAGAAACGCAUGCGGAGGAAGAGCGCCUGUUGCUAGGCGUGCGCCCACCUCGCUCUCCUGCACAUAGUAAAAGGAGUCGAUUUUCCGGCACCUCGGCCUCUCAGGCCAGAAAUCAACACUUCAAACAUGCUGCAACUUGCAAAGAUAGUUCUUCAAGACCGCCUGAGCCCAGUCCAGGCUCACCAAGAGUAAGCAGCGGGAUGGAGCCAGAGACAGAGCAGCCUGCUGUUGGACAGAGGAUGCUGCGAGAUGCCCGGCUGCCCGAUGAGGAGAAUGGCAGUGCUGGCAGUGAGGGCGAGAAAAGGGCCUCCAGCUCACCAGGCAACAUGUCCGACCCCAGACGCAAGGACGGUCUCAAGGUUGAAAAUGGAACCAGCGGUUUCAUUUCCACGCAAGAUGAACCUGAUACCCAUGACUACGAAAGGGACUGGCAAGGCUGUCCAGAUGGUUCUAGAACUUCUCCUGCCUGCUGUCUCUCUGGUGAACCAACAGCUCCGUGGUCAUCACCAAGCUCAUCCUACAACACGCCCGGAACAGCCUGGCAUCGUCUGAGAGGUGACAUGCCAGCAGGCUCGUCCGCAUCGCCUCCGGCAGCUCACGACUCGGAUCUGGAGGGAAACGCAAGGUUGACCAUUCACCAACCACUGUCCCCCAUUAGAAACAGAAUUCCGAUCGUCUCUGCAGAAGAUCACAGCGACCUUUCAGUCAGCAAUACACGUGAGCCUGGUGGCAGGGAAACCCGCGGUGCUCGGGGGGUGCCGCUGUACCCCGAAAACGCCCUGCUAAGCCCUCGGGGCAGCUUGUCCUCUCUGGAUUCUCCCAGCUCCUCUUCAUCAAGGAUGAGUUCUCAAGGCCACGUGCGGAUGCCCGGGGCCGUGCCAGGAAACAUCCAUUUGACUUUGUCUGCUGUGUCUCAUUUCCUGAACCACAAUGGCAACGGACCUGUCAUGGCGGCCUCUGGUCUCACAGGAGCAAAUGAGACACCUAAGGUACAAGUGGACCCCGAGAAAAUCAAGAAACUCCAAGAAAGUCUCCUGGAGGAGGACUCAGAGGAGGAGGGAGACUUGUGUCGCAUCUGUCAAAUGGCUGGGAGCUGCUCCACCAACCCGCUGCUGCAGCCCUGCGGCUGUGUGGGGAGCCUGCGAUUUGUUCACCAGGAGUGCCUGAAAAAGUGGCUGAAAGUGAAAAUCACCUCAGGAGCAAAUCGAGAAGCUGUGAACACCUGUGAGAUGUGUAAGCAGGACCUGCUGGUCGACCUGGCUGUCUUUAACAUGACUGAGUUCUACCAGAAGCACCAGCAAAUCCGGGCCCAAAACGAGCUGAUCAACUCAAGCCUGUACCUGGUGCUGCUGCUACACUUCUAUGAGCAGAGGUUUGCAGAAAUCAUGAGACUCAAUUACAACUGGAUCAUACGAGAGAGGUUGUCAAGAAAUUACCUGCAGCCCAGACAGGAAGAAGACGAAAAUUCUGAGUUGGAGGAAGAAAGCGAAGGCAGUGUUUCUCCAGGCCGCACUGUCUAGUGGGGGAGCCAGCCAUGGACUCUGCUGCAGGGACCUGUGAGCCGCCCGCAUGCCUCCCCAUGCCUGCCUCCCUCCACCUCUGUCCACCAAAACCCAAUGUAUUCAGUGAUCGCUUUCAGCCUGGGCCGCUCACUCGGGUGUCUGCCUGGAGCAUGCACCCGCAGCAACAGCAACCAGUCUUUUCACAGAUAACCCAGACCUCGCAGCCUGGGGUUACCAGCCCCCCUCCCAGGGCUGCCUGCUGCUGUCCCUCGGCCCAGUGGCCCAUGGUACACCCCACGUCUGCUCUCAGCACAUCAGCCACGCACUUAGUAAAUGAUGUUAUUCUCCCA